UAUUGUAGUAACUGCAGACCUUAAAUCUGCCUCCGGUCACUGAUCUCAGCCACCGACGUUCGUGAAAGCUUUAUCUCUGGUAAAUUGUUCAAAGGGGAAUUUUGAAUUUCAACUAACAAUGAAAGGAUUGAGUUUGCAGAGUCUGAAGACUCACCCAUCUCUGGUACCUCUCUAUGUGUUUGUUGGCGCUGGAAUGGCAGGUGCCUUUUUUUAUAUUACAAGGUUAGCCACAAGGUCUCUUGAUGUCAGCUGGACAAAGAGCUCUGAACUCCCAUGGACUCAAGUGUCCCCUACACACCAGUAUAAGUUCUAUUCACCAAAUAUAAAGUACAAAGAACUAAAACACCCCGAAGAACGACCAGACAUUUAAAUUAAUUAUGUCUAAGGACAAAUGAGCAACAUUAGGAAAUUUCGACAAGAUCUUUUUAUUUUAUUGGUUUUUUUUUUUUUU